UAUAAACUGCAACGGUGAUGUAAUCAUUGUGCGACAAACAAGUGCUUGUAAACUGGUGUCAGAGUGAAACAGUUUAUAUAAAUUAAAUACCGGUACUCAUCUUUCGUAUUUUAGAGGCAAUCUACUGUUUUCUUUUAAAAAACUAGAGCGGGAAAGAUCGUUGAUUUCGAGUUCCACACAGUAUUGUACAGUAGAGCACGUCGUCUUCUUUCGAGAUCAAAUGACUCCAGCAUAAGCUAAAUAUAAUAUUUAAUCACAAUACACGCGUGUAAUUGAAAUGACAGGUAAAAAUUCAGCAAAAGAAAAGAAAAGAAAACAUUCCCAUUCGGAAGGACGCCGUUUAGAAAGAAAAAAGCGAAGUACAGAACCUAGUAUCGAGGAUUUAAAAGCCAACUCUGAGAAUCAGGAUGAACCAAGUGACAUAGAAGAAGGAGGACUAAAUCUCAAUGUUCCAUUCAAGCCCAUCAGUGUCUAUGUCACAGACAAACAGGAACUCCUGGAACAGUGCUUCCGGGUUAUAGGAGAGAAGAAGCUUAUGAAAAUGCUUCCUGAUGAGUUGAAGAGAUGUACCUAUGAUGAAAUCAAGCAGCUCUGUAUGGAGCAACUAGAACAGCUUUCUCAGAAGAACCUUCUCCAAAUUCUUGAAGGUGAUGAUUUCACAGGAUUCUCCGAUAUCGAAGAAGAGAGCAAGAAGAUUGAAAGGAAUGCAGAAACAGAAAGCCAGCAGGACAAUAAUGUGGAUUCCACUUCAUCUCUGCAAGAAAAUGUUGAACAGGAAGACCUCAAGCAAGGUGGUGCCUCGGGGGAGGAGAGUGACGCCCUCAGCAUCAAUGCAGACAUGUAUGACAGUGACAUAGAAGGCCAUAAGGAAGAAACUGAAGAGAAAAAAAUUGUGGAGGUUAUUGAAAGCCCAGCCGUGAACCCCUCCAACUCCAAGAAGGAGCUUCAGAGUGACAUUGAAAAGAGUGUAAAUGAGAUACUGGCCUUGGGUGGACCUAGCCAGGAGGAGCCCAAAGUAGCAGCGGUGGCAGCAGCAGCAGCAGCUACAGAGGUGGUGGAAGCAGCUUUGCCUGGCCCUGCCUCAGUGGGGGUGCAGCCUUCAGCCCAGCUGCUGGAGCUACUUGAGUUGGAGAUGAGGGCAAGGGCUAUCAAGGCGCUAAUGAAAGCUAAUGAGGUUAAGAAACAGGCCUGCGCUUAAGAUUCCAGAUGGAAAGACUUCACAAUCAAAGUAGUUUGACAUUACUGUGUACUGAAUUUCGGUUUUUACUUAUUCAGUAUUUUCCAGGUAUUAUUUUCUAGGAAAUACAUGAUGUUUUGAUUAAAAUGCUGUUUUAUUUUGACUCUGA